AUGGGGUCGGCGGCGGAAUUGCUGCCGCCGUUAAGGGAAUGUGAGCGGGAAGCGGGGACGGUGUCCGCCCGGUACCAGCAGCGCCCAGAGGAGCAGGUCCAGCAAGAACAAAGAAACCACACUGCAGAACCUGUAGUAGAUGACUAUAAGAAGAUGGGGACUCUCUUUGGUGAACUAAACAAAAGCCUAAUCAGAAUAGGCUUCACAAGGAUGUACUUUGGAGAACGGAUAGUAGAACCUGUAAUAAUUAUUUUCUUCUGGGUUAUGCUCUGGUUCCUUGGCCUGCAAGCCCUUGGACUAGUUGCUGUUCUGUGCCUUGUCAUUAUUUAUGUACAACAGUAAAGUUCUGCAGACUGUUUGGAUUAGGUA